AUGAUCGUACCACGACAAUCCCGUGCCCCGACCGGUACACACCCCUUGCCCGGGUCCCCCCUUCAUAGUCACACCCCCUGCCCCCUCAUGCCAUCCGCUCCCCCCGCCCCUACCCUCCGCGUGCCCGCUCCCCUCGCCGCCUCUUUUGACCCUCCCUGCCCCCCUCGCCGUUACCCACCGCUCGCCAUUCGCUCCUCCCCGCCCGUGCCCUCCCCUCGUUUACCUUCGCCUCCCCCCUCCCCUCCUCUGCUGCACGCCUCUUCCUUCCCCUCGCUAACCCACUCCACUCCCUGCCCCUCCUCAAUCCGCACCCUGCCCCUCCCCCUGCCCGUUGCUGCCCCUCCCCUUGCCCCCUCAACUCCCCUGCCCCCCGUACACCCCACUCCCGUCCAACCGCCCCCACCCUCCCCCGGCUGCCCGUUUCCGCUCUCCACCCCCGCGACCGUUCACACCCCCUGCCCCCUCAUGCCAUCCGCUCCCCCCGCCCCUACCCUCCGCGUGCCCGCUCCCUCGCCGCCUCUUUUGACCCUCCCUGCCCCCCUCGCCGUUACCCACCGCUCGCCAUUCGCUCCUCCCCGCCCGUGCCCUCCCCUCGUUUACCUUCGCCUCCCCCCUCCCUCCUCUGCUGCACGCCUCUUCCUUCCCCUCGCUAACCCACUCCACUCCCUGCCCCUCCUCAAUCCGCACCCUGCCCCUCCUUCUCCCCUCCCUGCCUCUCCCUCCUCCCCGCCCUGCCCCUCAUUUUCCGCCCCCCCACGCCCGGUUUCUCCCCUCCCUGCACCUCCCUUUCUUUCUCCGUGCCUCUCCUUUGCUCCCUCCCUGCCCCCGCCUGCCCAUGCCCCUGUCUUUGGUUUCUCCCCUCCCUGCCCCACGUUUCUUCCCUCCCUGAGAUCACCUUGUACCCCCUCUGCCCCUCCCUUGUUCUCCCCGCACCCAUUGCUUCUCCCCUCCCUGCCCUUGAUUUCCCGCACCCCUGCCCUUGUUUCCUACCAUCCAUGCCCCUCGUUUCCCCUCUUUGUACGUUCACCCUCUUCCCUCCCUGCCCCUCCCUUCCUCCCCCCUGCCCUUUGCUUUCCCCUCGUUACGCUCCCUUCUCCCCAUCCCUGCUGCCCUCUUACCACCAUCAGCCCGUCCCCACCACCAGCCCCCCUCCCACCCUUCUCCCCCCCCCCCCUCUCCCUCUCUCUCUCUCUCUCUCUCUCUCUUUCUCUCGCACACACACACACACACACACUCCCCUCCCCCACCCCCCACCCACAUCCUCCCGUUCUGCCCCUCCCUGCCCCUGUUCCACCCCCUCGCACGCCCCUCACCUCUCACCUCCGUUCAACUGGAUUCCCCCCCUCUGGUGCAUCCCUUGCAUCGCUCGCCCCUCUGCUCACCCUCUGCCCGCCCCUUUUCCUUGCCCUCAGCUGGCCCAGCCCCUGCCCGUUGCUGCCCCUCCCCUUGCCCCCUCAACUCCCCUGCCCCCCGUACACCCCACUCCCGUCCAACCGCCCCCACCCUCCCCCGGCUGCCCGUUUCCGCUCUCCACCCCCGCGACCGUGUGCGGCUUCCAACCGCCCAACGGUGUCACACCCCCUGCCCCCUCAUGCCAUCCGCUCCCCCCGCCCCUACCCUCCGCGUGCCCGCUCCCUCGCCGCCUCUUUUGACCCUCCCUGCCCCCCUCGCCGUUACCCACCGCUCGCCAUUCGCUCCUCCCCGCCCGUGCCCUCCCCUCGUUUACCUUCGCCUCCCCCCUCCCCUCCUCUGCUGCACGCCUCUUCCUUCCCCUCGCUAACCCACUCCACUCCCUGCCCCUCCUCAAUCCGCACCCUGCCCCUCGUUUCUCGCCCCCCUACGCUUGGUUUCUCCCCUCCCUGCCCCUCGCCGCCUUUCUCCGCUCCCCACCUCCCCCCUCUCCCUGCCCCCCCACUCUCCUCCACUUGCCCUUGGCUUCCCACCUCCCUGCCCCACCUUUCCCCCCUCCGUGUGCUCAGCUUCUCCCCUCCCUGCCUCUCCCUCCUCCCCGCCCUGCCCCUCAUUUUCCGCCCCCCCACGCCCGGUUUCUCCCCUCCCUGCACCUCCCUUUCUUUCUCCGUGCCUCUCCUUUGCUCCCUCCCUGCCCCCGCCUGCCCAUGCCCCUGUCUUUGGUUUCUCCCCUCCCUGCCCCACGUUUCUUCCCUCCCUGAGAUCACCUUGUACCCCCUCUGCCCCUCCCUUGUUCUCCCCGCACCCAUUGCUUCUCCCCUCCCUGCCCUUGAUUUCCCGCACCCCUGCCCUUGUUUCCUACCAUCCAUGCCCCUCGUUUCCCCUCUUUGUACGUUCACCCUCUUCCCUCCCUGCCCCUCCCUUCCUCCCCCCCUGCCCUUUGCUUUCCCCUCGUUACGCUCCCUUCUCCCCAUCCCUGCUGCCCUCUUACCACCAUCAGCCCGUCCCCACCACCAGCCCCCCUCCCACCCUUCUCCCCCCCCCCCCUCUCCCUCUCUCUCUCUCUCUCUCUCUCUUUCUCUCGCACACACACACACACACACACUCCCCUCCCCCACCCCCCACCCACAUCCUCCCGUUCUGCCCCUCCCUGCCCCUGUUCCACCCCCUCGCACGCCCCUCACCUCUCACCUCCGUUCAACUGGAUUCCCCCCCUCUGGUGCAUCCCUUGCAUCGCUCGCCCCUCUGCUCACCCUCUGCCCGCCCCUUUUCCUUGCCCUCAGCUGGCCCAGCCCCUGCCCGUUGCUGCCCCUCCCCUUGCCCCCUCAACUCCCCUGCCCCCCGUACACCCCACUCCCGUCCAACCGCCCCCACCCUCCCCCGGCUGCCCGUUUCCGCUCUCCACCCCCGCGACCGUGUGCGGCUUCCAACCGCCCAACGGUGUCACACCCCCUGCCCCCUCAUGCCAUCCGCUCCCCCCGCCCCUACCCUCCGCGUGCCCGCUCCCUCGCCGCCUCUUUUGACCCUCCCUGCCCCCCUCGCCGUUACCCACCGCUCGCCAUUCGCUCCUCCCCGCCCGUGCCCUCCCCUCGUUUACCUUCGCCUCCCCCCUCCCCUCCUCUGCUGCACGCCUCUUCCUUCCCCUCGCUAACCCACUCCACUCCCUGCCCCUCCUCAAUCCGCACCCUGCCCCUCGUUUCUCGCCCCCCUACGCUUGGUUUCUCCCCUCCCUGCCCCUCGCCGCCUUUCUCCGCUCCCCACCUCCCCCCUCUCCCUGCCCCCCCACUCUCCUCCACUUGCCCUUGGCUUCCCACCUCCCUGCCCCACCUUUCCCCCCUCCGUGUGCUCAGCUUCUCCCCUCCCUGCCUCUCCCUCCUCCCCGCCCUGCCCCUCAUUUUCCGCCCCCCCACGCCCGGUUUCUCCCCUCCCUGCACCUCCCUUUCUUUCUCCGUGCCUCUCCUUUGCUCCCUCCCUGCCCCCGCCUGCCCAUGCCCCUGUCUUUGGUUUCUCCCCUCCCUGCCCCACGUUUCUUCCCUCCCUGAGAUCACCUUGUACCCCUCUGCCCCUCCCUUGUUCUCCCCGCACCCAUUGCUUCUCCCCUCCCUGCCCUUGAUUUCCCGCACCCCUGCCCUUGUUUCCUACCAUCCAUGCCCCUCGUUUCCCCUCUUUGUACGUUCACCCUCUUCCCUCCCUGCCCCUCCCUUCCUCCCCCCCUGCCCUUUGCUUUCCCCUCGUUACGCUCCCUUCUCCCCAUCCCUGCUGCCCUCUUACCACCAUCAGCCCGUCCCCACCACCAGCCCCCCUCCCACCCUUCUCCCCCCCCCCCCUCUCCCUCUCUCUCUCUCUCUCUCUCUCUUUCUCUCGCACACACACACACACACACACUCCCCUCCCCCACCCCCCACCCACAUCCUCCCGUUCUGCCCCUCCCUGCCCCUGUUCCACCCCCUCGCACGCCCCUCACCUCUCACCUCCGUUCAACUGGAUUCCCCCCCUCUGUCACACCCCCUGCCCCCUCAUGCCAUCCGCUCCCCCCGCCCCUACCCUCCGCGUGCCCGCUCCCUCGCCGCCUCUUUUGACCCUCCCUGCCCCCCUCGCCGUUACCCACCGCUCGCCAUUCGCUCCUCCCCGCCCGUGCCCUCCCCUCGUUUACCUUCGCCUCCCCCCUCCCCUCCUCUGCUGCACGCCUCUUCCUUCCCCUCGCUAACCCACUCCACUCCCUGCCCCUCCUCAAUCCGCACCCUGCCCCUCGUUUCUCGCCCCCCUAUGCUUGGUUUCUCCCCCCCUGCCCUUUGCUUUCCCCUCGUUACGCUCCCUUCUCCCCAUCCCUGCUGCCCUCUUACCACCAUCAGCCCCCCCUGCCCGUUGCUGCCCCUCCCCUUGCCCCCUCAACUCCCCUGCCCCCCGUACACCCCACUCCCGUCCAACCGCCCCCACCCUCCCCCGGCUGCCCGUUUCCGCUCUCCACCCCCGCGACCGUGUGCGGCUUCCAACCGCCCAACGGUGUCACACCCCCUGCCCCCUCAUGCCAUCCGCUCCCCCCGCCCCUACCCUCCGCGUGCCCGCUCCCUCGCCGCCUCUUUUGACCCUCCCUGCCCCCCUCGCCGUUACCCACCGCUCGCCAUUCGCUCCUCCCCGCCCGUGCCCUCCCCUCGUUUACCUUCGCCUCCCCCCUCCCCUCCUCUGCUGCACGCCUCUUCCUUCCCCUCGCUAACCCACUCCACUCCCUGCCCCUCCUCAAUCCGCACCCUGCCCCUCCCCCUGCCCGUUGCUGCCCCUCCCCUUGCCCCCUCAACUCCCCUGCCCCCCGUACACCCCACUCCCGUCCAACCGCCCCCACCCUCCCCCCGGCUGCCCGUUUCCGCUCUCCACCCCCGCGACCGUUCACACCCCCUGCCCCCUCAUGCCAUCCGCUCCCCCCGCCCCUACCCUCCGCGUGCCCGCUCCCUCGCCGCCUCUUUUGACCCUCCCUGCCCCCCUCGCCGUUACCCACCGCUCGCCAUUCGCUCCUCCCCGCCCGUGCCCUCCCCUCGUUUACCUUCGCCUCCCCCCUCCCCUCCUCUGCUGCACGCCUCUUCCUUCCCCUCGCUAACCCACUCCACUCCCUGCCCCUCCUCAAUCCGCACCCUGCCCCUCGUUUCUCGCCCCCCUACGCUUGGUUUCUCCCCUCCCUGCCCCUCGCCGCCUUUCUCCGCUCCCCACCUCCCCCCUCUCCCUGCCCCCCCACUCUCCUCCACUUGCCCUUGGCUUCCCACCUCCCUGCCCCACCUUUCCCCCUCCGUGUGCUCAGCUUCUCCCCUCCCUGCCUCUCCCUCCUCCCCGCCCUGCCCCUCAUUUUCCGCCCCCCCACGCCCGGUUUCUCCCCUCCCUGCACCUCCCUUUCUUUCUCCGUGCCUCUCCUUUGCUCCCUCCCUGCCCCCGCCUGCCCAUGCCCCUGUCUUUGGUUUCUCCCCUCCCUGCCCCACGUUUCUUCCCUCCCUGAGAUCACCUUGUACCCCCUCUGCCCCUCCCUUGUUCUCCCCGCACCCAUUGCUUCUCCCCUCCCUGCCCUUGAUUUCCCGCACCCCUGCCCUUGUUUCCUACCAUCCAUGCCCCUCGUUUCCCCUCUUUGUACGUUCACCCUCUUCCCUCCCUGCCCCUCCCUUCCUCCCCCCCUGCCCUUUGCUUUCCCCUCGUUACGCUCCCUUCUCCCCAUCCCUGCUGCCCUCUUACCACCAUCAGCCCCCCCUGCCCGUUGCUGCCCCUCCCCUUGCCCCCUCAACUCCCCUGCCCCCCGUACACCCCACUCCCGUCCAACCGCCCCCACCCUCCCCCGGCUGCCCGUUUCCGCUCUCCACCCCCGCGACCGUUCACACCCCCUGCCCCCUCAUGCCAUCCGCUCCCCCCCGCCCCUACCCUCCGCGUGCCCGCUCCCUCGCCGCCUCUUUUGACCCUCCCUGCCCCCCUCGCCGUUACCCACCGCUCGCCAUUCGCUCCUCCCCGCCCGUGCCCUCCCCUCGUUUACCUUCGCCUCCCCCCUCCCCUCCUCUGCUGCACGCCUCUUCCUUCCCCUCGCUAACCCACUCCACUCCCUGCCCCUCCUCAAUCCGCACCCUGCCCCUCGUUUCUCGCCCCCCUACGCUUGGUUUCUCCCCUCCCUGCCCCUCGCCGCCUUUCUCCGCUCCCCACCUCCCCCCUCUCCCUGCCCCCCCACUCUCCUCCACUUGCCCUUGGCUUCCCACCUCCCUGCCCCACCUUUCCCCCCUCCGUGUGCUCAGCUUCUCCCCUCCCUGCCUCUCCCUCCUCCCCGCCCUGCCCCUCAUUUUCCGCCCCCCCACGCCCGGUUUCUCCCCUCCCUGCACCUCCCUUUCUUUCUCCGUGCCUCUCCUUUGCUCCCUCCCUGCCCCCGCCUGCCCAUGCCCCUGUCUUUGGUUUCUCCCCUCCCUGCCCCACGUUUCUUCCCUCCCUGAGAUCACCUUGUACCCCCUCUGCCCCUCCCUUGUUCUCCCCGCACCCAUUGCUUCUCCCCUCCCUGCCCUUGAUUUCCCGCACCCCUGCCCUUGUUUCCUACCAUCCAUGCCCCUCGUUUCCCCUCUUUGUACGUUCACCCUCUUCCCUCCCUGCCCCUCCCUUCCUCCCCCCCUGCCCUUUGCUUUCCCCUCGUUACGCUCCCUUCUCCCCAUCCCUGCUGCCCUCUUACCACCAUCAGCCCCCCCUGCCCGUUGCUGCCCCUCCCCUUGCCCCCUCAACUCCCCUGCCCCCCGUACACCCCACUCCCGUCCAACCGCCCCCACCCUCCCCCGGCUGCCCGUUUCCGCUCUCCACCCCCGCGACCGUGUGCGGCUUCCAACCGCCCAACGGUGUCACACCCCCUGCCCCCUCAUGCCAUCCGCUCCCCCCGCCCCUACCCUCCGCGUGCCCGCUCCCUCGCCGCCUCUUUUGACCCUCCCUGCCCCCCUCGCCGUUACCCACCGCUCGCCAUUUCGCUCCUCCCCGCCCGUGCCCUCCCCUCGUUUACCUUCGCCUCCCCCCUCCCCUCCUCUGCUGCACGCCUCUUCCUUCCCCUCGCUAACCCACUCCACUCCCUGCCCCUCCUCAAUCCGCACCCUGCCCCUCGUUUCUCGCCCCCCUACGCUUGGUUUCUCCCCUCCCUGCCCCUCGCCGCCUUUCUCCGCUCCCCACCUCCCCCCUCUCCCUGCCCCCCCACUCUCCUCCACUUGCCCUUGGCUUCCCACCUCCCUGCCCCACCUUUCCCCCCUCCGUGUGCUCAGCUUCUCCCCUCCCUGCCUCUCCCUCCUCCCCGCCCUGCCCCUCAUUUUCCGCCCCCCCACGCCCGGUUUCUCCCCUCCCUGCACCUCCCUUUCUUUCUCCGUGCCUCUCCUUUGCUCCCUCCCUGCCCCCGCCUGCCCAUGCCCCUGUCUUUGGUUUCUCCCCUCCCUGCCCCACGUUUCUUCCCUCCCUGAGAUCACCUUGUACCCCCUCUGCCCCUCCCUUGUUCUCCCCGCACCCAUUGCUUCUCCCCUCCCUGCCCUUGAUUUCCCGCACCCCUGCCCUUGUUUCCUACCAUCCAUGCCCCUCGUUUCCCCUCUUUGUACGUUCACCCUCUUCCCUCCCUGCCCCUCCCUUCCUCCCCCCCUGCCCUUUGCUUUCCCCUCCCCCUGCCCGUUGCUGCCCCUCCCCUUGCCCCCUCAACUCCCCUGCCCCCCGUACACCCCACUCCCGUCCAACCGCCCCCACCCUCCCCCGGCUGCCCGUUUCCGCUCUCCACCCCCGCGACCGUGUGCGGCUUCCAACCGCCCAACGGUGUCACACCCCCUGCCCCCUCAUGCCAUCCGCUCCCCCCGCCCCUACCCUCCGCGUGCCCGCUCCCUCGCCGCCUCUUUUGACCCUCCCUGCCCCCCUCGCCGUUACCCACCGCUCGCCAUUCGCUCCUCCCCGCCCGUGCCCUCCCCUCGUUUACCUUCGCCUCCCCCCUCCCCUCCUCUGCUGCACGCCUCUUCCUUCCCCUCGCUAACCCACUCCACUCCCUGCCCCUCCUCAAUCCGCACCCUGCCCCUCGUUUCUCGCCCCCCUAUGCUUGGUUUCUCCCCCCCUGCCCUUUGCUUUCCCCUCGUUACGCUCCCUUCUCCCCAUCCCUGCUGCCCUCUUACCACCAUCAGCCCCCCCUGCCCGUUGCUGCCCCUCCCCUUGCCCCCUCAACUCCCCUGCCCCCCGUACACCCCACUCCCGUCCAACCGCCCCCACCCUCCCCCGGCUGCCCGUUUCCGCUCUCCACCCCCGCGACCGUGUGCGGCUUCCAACCGCCCAACGGUGUCACACCCCCUGCCCCCUCAUGCCAUCCGCUCCCCCCGCCCCUACCCUCCGCGUGCCCGCUCCCUCGCCGCCUCUUUUGACCCUCCCUGCCCCCCUCGCCGUUACCCACCGCUCGCCAUUCGCUCCUCCCCGCCCGUGCCCUCCCCUCGUUUACCUUCGCCUCCCCCCUCCCCUCCUCUGCUGCACGCCUCUUCCUUCCCCUCGCUAACCCACUCCACUCCCUGCCCCUCCUCAAUCCGCACCCUGCCCCUCGUUUCUCGCCCCCCUACGCUUGGUUUCUCCCCUCCCUGCCCCUCGCCGCCUUUCUCCGCUCCCCACCUCCCCCCUCUCCCUGCCCCCCCACUCUCCUCCACUUGCCCUUGGCUUCCCACCUCCCUGCCCCACCUUUCCCCCCUCCGUGUGCUCAGCUUCUCCCCUCCCUGCCUCUCCCUCCUCCCCGCCCUGCCCCUCAUUUUCCGCCCCCCCACGCCCGGUUUCUCCCCUCCCUGCACCUCCCUUUCUUUCUCCGUGCCUCUCCUUUGCUCCCUCCCUGCCCCCGCCUGCCCAUGCCCCUGUCUUUGGUUUCUCCCCUCCCUGCCCCACGUUUCUUCCCUCCCUGAGAUCACCUUGUACCCCCUCUGCCCCUCCCUUGUUCUCCCCGCACCCAUUGCUUCUCCCCUCCCUGCCCUUGAUUUCCCGCACCCCUGCCCUUGUUUCCUACCAUCCAUGCCCCUCGUUUCCCCUCUUUGUACGUUCACCCUCUUCCCUCCCUGCCCCUCCCUUCCUCCCCCCCUGCCCUUUGCUUUCCCCUCGUUACGCUCCCUUCUCCCCAUCCCUGCUGCCCUCUUACCACCAUCAGCCCGUCCCCACCACCAGCCCCCCUCCCACCCUUCUCCCCCCCCCCCCUCUCCCUCUCUCUCUCUCUCUCUCUCUCUUUCUCUCGCACACACACACACACACACACUCCCCUCCCCCACCCCCCACCCACAUCCUCCCGUUCUGCCCCUCCCUGCCCCUGUUCCACCCCCUCGCACGCCCCUCACCUCUCACCUCCGUUCAACUGGAUUCCCCCCCUCUGGUGCAUCCCUUGCAUCGCUCGCCCCUCUGCUCACCCUCUGCCCGCCCCUUUUCCUUGCCCUCAGCUGGCCCAGCCCCUGCCCGUUGCUGCCCCUCCCCUUGCCCCCUCAACUCCCCUGCCCCCCGUACACCCCACUCCCGUCCAACCGCCCCCACCCUCCCCCGGCUGCCCGUUUCCGCUCUCCACCCCCGCGACCGUGUGCGGCUUCCAACCGCCCAACGGUGUCACACCCCCUGCCCCCUCAUGCCAUCCGCUCCCCCCGCCCCUACCCUCCGCGUGCCCGCUCCCUCGCCGCCUCUUUUGACCCUCCCUGCCCCCCUCGCCGUUACCCACCGCUCGCCAUUCGCUCCUCCCCGCCCGUGCCCUCCCCUCGUUUACCUUCGCCUCCCCCCUCCCCUCCUCUGCUGCACGCCUCUUCCUUCCCCUCGCUAACCCACUCCACUCCCUGCCCCUCCUCAAUCCGCACCCUGCCCCUCGUUUCUCGCCCCCCUAUGCUUGGUUUCUCCCCCCCUGCCCUUUGCUUUCCCCUCGUUACGCUCCCUUCUCCCCAUCCCUGCUGCCCUCUUACCACCAUCAGCCCCCCCUGCCCGUUGCUGCCCCUCCCCUUGCCCCCUCAACUCCCCUGCCCCCCGUACACCCCACUCCCGUCCAACCGCCCCCACCCUCCCCCGGCUGCCCGUUUCCGCUCUCCACCCCCGCGACCGUGUGCGGCUUCCAACCGCCCAACGGUGUCACACCCCCUGCCCCCUCAUGCCAUCCGCUCCCCCCGCCCCUACCCUCCGCGUGCCCGCUCCCUCGCCGCCUCUUUUGACCCUCCCUGCCCCCCUCGCCGUUACCCACCGCUCGCCAUUCGCUCCUCCCCGCCCGUGCCCUCCCCUCGUUUACCUUCGCCUCCCCCCUCCCCUCCUCUGCUGCACGCCUCUUCCUUCCCCUCGCUAACCCACUCCACUCCCUGCCCCUCCUCAAUCCGCACCCUGCCCCUCGUUUCUCGCCCCCCUACGCUUGGUUUCUCCCCUCCCUGCCCCUCGCCGCCUUUCUCCGCUCCCCACCUCCCCCCUCUCCCUGCCCCCCCACUCUCCUCCACUUGCCCUUGGCUUCCCACCUCCCUGCCCCACCUUUCCCCCCUCCGUGUGCUCAGCUUCUCCCCUCCCUGCCUCUCCCUCCUCCCCGCCCUGCCCCUCAUUUUCCGCCCCCCCACGCCCGGUUUCUCCCCUCCCUGCACCUCCCUUUCUUUCUCCGUGCCUCUCCUUUGCUCCCUCCCUGCCCCCGCCUGCCCAUGCCCCUGUCUUUGGUUUCUCCCCUCCCUGCCCCACGUUUCUUCCCUCCCUGAGAUCACCUUGUACCCCCUCUGCCCCUCCCUUGUUCUCCCCGCACCCAUUGCUUCUCCCCUCCCUGCCCUUGAUUUCCCGCACCCCUGCCCUUGUUUCCUACCAUCCAUGCCCCUCGUUUCCCCUCUUUGUACGUUCACCCUCUUCCCUCCCUGCCCCUCCCUUCCUCCCCCCCUGCCCUUUGCUUUCCCCUCGUUACGCUCCCUUCUCCCCAUCCCUGCUGCCCUCUUACCACCAUCAGCCCGUCCCCACCACCAGCCCCCCUCCCACCCUUCUCCCCCCCCCCCUCUCCCUCUCUCUCUCUCUCUCUCUCUCUUUCUCUCGCACACACACACACACACACACACUCCCCUCCCCCACCCCCCACCCACAUCCUCCCGUUCUGCCCCUCCCUGCCCCUGUUCCACCCCCUCGCACGCCCCUCACCUCUCACCUCCGUUCAACUGGAUUCCCCCCCUCUGGUGCAUCCCUUGCAUCGCUCGCCCCUCUGCUCACCCUCUGCCCGCCCCUUUUCCUUGCCCUCAGCUGGCCCAGCCCCUGCCCGUUGCUGCCCCUCCCCUUGCCCCCUCAACUCCCCUGCCCCCCGUACACCCCACUCCCGUCCAACCGCCCCCACCCUCCCCCGGCUGCCCGUUUCCGCUCUCCACCCCCCGCGACCGUUCACACCCCCUGCCCCCUCAUGCCAUCCGCUCCCCCCGCCCCUACCCUCCGCGUGCCCGCUCCCUCGCCGCCUCUUUUGACCCUCCCUGCCCCCCUCGCCGUUACCCACCGCUCGCCAUUCGCUCCUCCCCGCCCGUGCCCUCCCCUCGUUUACCUUCGCCUCCCCCCUCCCCUCCUCUGCUGCACGCCUCUUCCUUCCCCUCGCUAACCCACUCCACUCCCUGCCCCUCCUCAAUCCGCACCCUGCCCCUCGUUUCUCGCCCCCCUACGCUUGGUUUCUCCCCUCCCUGCCCCUCGCCGCCUUUCUCCGCUCCCCACCUCCCCCCUCUCCCUGCCCCCCCACUCUCCUCCACUUGCCCUUGGCUUCCCACCUCCCUGCCCCACCUUUCCCCCCUCCGUGUGCUCAGCUUCUCCCCUCCCUGCCUCUCCCUCCUCCCCGCCCUGCCCCUCAUUUUCCGCCCCCCCACGCCCGGUUUCUCCCCUCCCUGCACCUCCCUUUCUUUCUCCGUGCCUCUCCUUUGCUCCCUCCCUGCCCCCGCCUGCCCAUGCCCCUGUCUUUGGUUUCUCCCCUCCCUGCCCCACGUUUCUUCCCUCCCUGAGAUCACCUUGUACCCCCUCUGCCCCUCCCUUGUUCUCCCCGCACCCAUUGCUUCUCCCCUCCCUGCCCUUGAUUUCCCGCACCCCUGCCCUUGUUUCCUACCAUCCAUGCCCCUCGUUUCCCCUCUUUGUACGUUCACCCUCUUCCCUCCCUGCCCCUCCCUUCCUCCCCCCCUGCCCUUUGCUUUCCCCUCGUUACGCUCCCUUCUCCCCAUCCCUGCUGCCCUCUUACCACCAUCAGCCCGUCCCCACCACCAGCCCCCCUCCCACCCUUCUCCCCCCCCCCCCUCUCCCUCUCUCUCUCUCUCUCUCUCUCUUUCUCUCGCACACACACACACACACACACUCCCCUCCCCCACCCCCCACCCACAUCCUCCCGUUCUGCCCCUCCCUGCCCCUGUUCCACCCCCUCGCACGCCCCUCACCUCUCACCUCCGUUCAACUGGAUUCCCCCCCUCUGGUGCAUCCCUUGCAUCGCUCGCCCCUCUGCUCACCCUCUGCCCGCCCCUUUUCCUUGCCCUCAGCUGGCCCAGCCCCUGCCCGUUGCUGCCCCUCCCCUUGCCCCCUCAACUCCCCUGCCCCCCGUACACCCCACUCCCGUCCAACCGCCCCCACCCUCCCCCGGCUGCCCGUUUCCGCUCUCCACCCCCGCGACCGUGUGCGGCUUCCAACCGCCCAACGGUGUCACACCCCCUGCCCCCUCAUGCCAUCCGCUCCCCCCGCCCCUACCCUCCGCGUGCCCGCUCCCUCGCCGCCUCUUUUGACCCUCCCUGCCCCCCUCGCCGUUACCCACCGCUCGCCAUUCGCUCCUCCCCGCCCGUGCCCUCCCCUCGUUUACCUUCGCCUCCCCCCUCCCCUCCUCUGCUGCACGCCUCUUCCUUCCCCUCGCUAACCCACUCCACUCCCUGCCCCUCCUCAAUCCGCACCCUGCCCCUCGUUUCUCGCCCCCCUAUGCUUGGUUUCUCCCCCCCUGCCCUUUGCUUUCCCCUCGUUACGCUCCCUUCUCCCCAUCCCUGCUGCCCUCUUACCACCAUCAGCCCCCCCUGCCCGUUGCUGCCCCUCCCCUUGCCCCCUCAACUCCCCUGCCCCCCGUACACCCCACUCCCGUCCAACCGCCCCCACCCUCCCCCGGCUGCCCGUUUCCGCUCUCCACCCCCGCGACCGUGUGCGGCUUCCAACCGCCCAACGGUGUCACACCCCCUGCCCCCUCAUGCCAUCCGCUCCCCCCGCCCCUACCCUCCGCGUGCCCGCUCCCUCGCCGCCUCUUUUGACCCUCCCUGCCCCCCUCGCCGUUACCCACCGCUCGCCAUUCGCUCCUCCCCGCCCGUGCCCUCCCCUCGUUUACCUUCGCCUCCCCCCUCCCCUCCUCUGCUGCACGCCUCUUCCUUCCCCUCGCUAACCCACUCCACUCCCUGCCCCUCCUCAAUCCGCACCCUGCCCCUCGUUUCUCGCCCCCCUAUGCUUGGUUUCUCCCCCCCUGCCCUUUGCUUUCCCCUCGUUACGCUCCCUUCUCCCCAUCCCUGCUGCCCUCUUACCACCAUCAGCCCGUCCCCACCACCAGCCCCCCUCCCACCCUUCUCCCCCCCCUCUCCCUCUCUCUCUCUCUCUCUCUAUCUCUCUCACUCUCUCUCUCUCUCUCUCUCUUUCUCUCGCACACACACACACACACACACUCCCCUCCCCCACCCCCCACCCACAUCCUCCCGUUCUGCCCCUCCCUGCCCCUGUUCCACCCCCUCGCACGCCCCUCACCUCUCACCUCCGUUCAACUGGAUUCCCCCCCUCUGCCCCUGCCCGUUGCUGCCCCUCCCCUUGCCCCCUCAACUCCCCUGCCCCCCGUACACCCCACUCCCGUCCAACCGCCCCCACCCUCCCCCGGCUGCCCGUUUCCGCUCUCCACCCCCGCGACCGUGUGCGGCUUCCAACCGCCCAACGGUGUCACACCCCCUGCCCCCUCAUGCCAUCCGCUCCCCCCGCCCCUACCCUCCGCGUGCCCGCUCCCUCGCCGCCUCUUUUGACCCUCCCUGCCCCCCUCGCCGUUACCCACCGCUCGCCAUUCGCUCCUCCCCGCCCGUGCCCUCCCCUCGUUUACCUUCGCCUCCCCCCUCCCCUCCUCUGCUGCACGCCUCUUCCUUCCCCUCGCUAACCCACUCCACUCCCUGCCCCUCCUCAAUCCGCACCCUGCCCCUCGUUUCUCGCCCCCCUACGCUUGGUUUCUCCCCUCCCUGCCCCUCGCCGCCUUUCUCCGCUCCCCACCUCCCCCCUCUCCCUGCCCCCCCACUCUCCUCCACUUGCCCUUGGCUUCCCACCUCCCUGCCCCACCUUUCCCCCCUCCGUGUGCUCAGCUUCUCCCCUCCCUGCCUCUCCCUCCUCCCCGCCCUGCCCCUCAUUUUCCGCCCCCCCACGCCCGGUUUCUCCCCUCCCUGCACCUCCCUUUCUUUCUCCGUGCCUCUCCUUUGCUCCCUCCCUGCCCCCGCCUGCCCAUGCCCCUGUCUUUGGUUUCUCCCCUCCCUGCCCCACGUUUCUUCCCUCCCUGAGAUCACCUUGUACCCCCUCUGCCCCUCCCUUGUUCUCCCCGCACCCAUUGCUUCUCCCCUCCCUGCCCUUGAUUUCCCGCACCCCUGCCCUUGUUUCCUACCAUCCAUGCCCCUCGUUUCCCCUCUUUGUACGUUCACCCUCUUCCCUCCCUGCCCCUCCCUUCCUCCCCCCCUGCCCUUUGCUUUCCCCUCCCCCUGCCCGUUGCUGCCCCUCCCCUUGCCCCCUCAACUCCCCUGCCCCCCGUACACCCCACUCCCGUCCAACCGCCCCCACCCUCCCCCGGCUGCCCGUUUCCGCUCUCCACCCCCGCGACCGUGUGCGGCUUCCAACCGCCCAACGGUGUCACACCCCCUGCCCCCUCAUGCCAUCCGCUCCCCCCGCCCCUACCCUCCGCGUGCCCGCUCCCUCGCCGCCUCUUUUGACCCUCCCUGCCCCCCUCGCCGUUACCCACCGCUCGCCAUUCGCUCCUCCCCGCCCGUGCCCUCCCCUCGUUUACCUUCGCCUCCCCCCUCCCCUCCUCUGCUGCACGCCUCUUCCUUCCCCUCGCUAACCCACUCCACUCCCUGCCCCUCCUCAAUCCGCACCCUGCCCCUCGUUUCUCGCCCCCCUAUGCUUGGUUUCUCCCCCCCUGCCCUUUGCUUUCCCCUCGUUACGCUCCCUUCUCCCCAUCCCUGCUGCCCUCUUACCACCAUCAGCCCCCCCUGCCCGUUGCUGCCCCUCCCCUUGCCCCCUCAACUCCCCUGCCCCCCGUACACCCCACUCCCGUCCAACCGCCCCCACCCUCCCCCGGCUGCCCGUUUCCGCUCUCCACCCCCGCGACCGUGUGCGGCUUCCAACCGCCCAACGGUGUCACACCCCCUGCCCCCUCAUGCCAUCCGCUCCCCCCGCCCCUACCCUCCGCGUGCCCGCUCCCUCGCCGCCUCUUUUGACCCUCCCUGCCCCCCUCGCCGUUACCCACCGCUCGCCAUUCGCUCCUCCCCGCCCGUGCCCUCCCCUCGUUUACCUUCGCCUCCCCCCUCCCCUCCUCUGCUGCACGCCUCUUCCUUCCCCUCGCUAACCCACUCCACUCCCUGCCCCUCCUCAAUCCGCACCCUGCCCCUCGUUUCUCGCCCCCCUACGCUUGGUUUCUCCCCUCCCUGCCCCUCGCCGCCUUUCUCCGCUCCCCACCUCCCCCCUCUCCCUGCCCCCCCACUCUCCUCCACUUGCCCUUGGCUUCCCACCUCCCUGCCCCACCUUUCCCCCCUCCGUGUGCUCAGCUUCUCCCCUCCCUGCCUCUCCCUCCUCCCCGCCCUGCCCCUCAUUUUCCGCCCCCCCACGCCCGGUUUCUCCCCUCCCUGCACCUCCCUUUCUUUCUCCGUGCCUCUCCUUUGCUCCCUCCCUGCCCCCGCCUGCCCAUGCCCCUGUCUUUGGUUUCUCCCCUCCCUGCCCCACGUUUCUUCCCUCCCUGAGAUCACCUUGUACCCCCUCUGCCCCUCCCUUGUUCUCCCCGCACCCAUUGCUUCUCCCCUCCCUGCCCUUGAUUUCCCGCACCCCUGCCCUUGUUUCCUACCAUCCAUGCCCCUCGUUUCCCCUCUUUGUACGUUCACCCUCUUCCCUCCCUGCCCCUCCCUUCCUCCCCCCCUGCCCUUUGCUUUCCCCUCGUUACGCUCCCUUCUCCCCAUCCCUGCUGCCCUCUUACCACCAUCAGCCCGUCCCCACCACCAGCCCCCCUCCCACCCUUCUCCCCCCCCCCCCUCUCCCUCUCUCUCUCUCUCUCUCUCUCUCUCUCUUUCUCUCGCACACACACACACACACACACUCCCCUCCCCCACCCCCCACCCACAUCCUCCCGUUCUGCCCCUCCCUGCCCCUGUUCCACCCCCUCGCACGCCCCUCACCUCUCACCUCCGUUCAACUGGAUUCCCCCCCUCUGGUGCAUCCCUUGCAUCGCUCGCCCCUCUGCUCACCCUCUGCCCGCCCCUUUUCCUUGCCCUCAGCUGGCCCAGCCCCUGCCCGUUGCUGCCCCUCCCCUUGCCCCCUCAACUCCCCUGCCCCCCGUACACCCCACUCCCGUCCAACCGCCCCCACCCUCCCCCGGCUGCCCGUUUCCGCUCUCCACCCCCGCGACCGUGUGCGGCUUCCAACCGCCCAACGGUGUCACACCCCCUGCCCCCUCAUGCCAUCCGCUCCCCCCGCCCCUACCCUCCGCGUGCCCGCUCCCUCGCCGCCUCUUUUGACCCUCCCUGCCCCCCUCGCCGUUACCCACCGCUCGCCAUUCGCUCCUCCCCGCCCGUGCCCUCCCCUCGUUUACCUUCGCCUCCCCCCUCCCCUCCUCUGCUGCACGCCUCUUCCUUCCCCUCGCUAACCCACUCCACUCCCUGCCCCUCCUCAAUCCGCACCCUGCCCCUCGUUUCUCGCCCCCCUACGCUUGGUUUCUCCCCUCCCUGCCCCUCGCCGCCUUUCUCCGCUCCCCACCUCCCCCCUCUCCCUGCCCCCCCACUCUCCUCCACUUGCCCUUGGCUUCCCACCUCCCUGCCCCACCUUUCCCCCCUCCGUGUGCUCAGCUUCUCCCCUCCCUGCCUCUCCCUCCUCCCCGCCCUGCCCCUCAUUUUCCGCCCCCCCACGCCCGGUUUCUCCCCUCCCUGCACCUCCCUUUCUUUCUCCGUGCCUCUCCUUUGCUCCCUCCCUGCCCCCGCCUGCCCAUGCCCCUGUCUUUGGUUUCUCCCCUCCCUGCCCCACGUUUCUUCCCUCCCUGAGAUCACCUUGUACCCCCUCUGCCCCUCCCUUGUUCUCCCCGCACCCAUUGCUUCUCCCCUCCCUGCCCUUGAUUUCCCGCACCCCUGCCCUUGUUUCCUACCAUCCAUGCCCCUCGUUUCCCCUCUUUGUACGUUCACCCUCUUCCCUCCCUGCCCCUCCCUUCCUCCCCCCCUGCCCUUUGCUUUCCCCUCCCCCUGCCCGUUGCUGCCCCUCCCCUUGCCCCCUCAACUCCCCUGCCCCCCGUACACCCCACUCCCGUCCAACCGCCCCCACCCUCCCCCGGCUGCCCGUUUCCGCUCUCCACCCCCGCGACCGUGUGCGGCUUCCAACCGCCCAACGGUGUCACACCCCCUGCCCCCUCAUGCCAUCCGCUCCCCCCGCCCCUACCCUCCGCGUGCCCGCUCCCUCGCCGCCUCUUUUGACCCUCCCUGCCCCCCUCGCCGUUACCCACCGCUCGCCAUUCGCUCCUCCCCGCCCGUGCCCUCCCCUCGUUUACCUUCGCCUCCCCCCUCCCCUCCUCUGCUGCACGCCUCUUCCUUCCCCUCGCUAACCCACUCCACUCCCUGCCCCUCCUCAAUCCGCACCCUGCCCCUCGUUUCUCGCCCCCCUAUGCUUGGUUUCUCCCCCCCUGCCCUUUGCUUUCCCCUCGUUACGCUCCCUUCUCCCCAUCCCUGCUGCCCUCUUACCACCAUCAGCCCCCCCUGCCCGUUGCUGCCCCUCCCCUUGCCCCCUCAACUCCCCUGCCCCCCGUACACCCCACUCCCGUCCAACCGCCCCCACCCUCCCCCGGCUGCCCGUUUCCGCUCUCCACCCCCGCGACCGUGUGCGGCUUCCAACCGCCCAACGGUGUCACACCCCCUGCCCCCUCAUGCCAUCCGCUCCCCCCGCCCCUACCCUCCGCGUGCCCGCUCCCUCGCCGCCUCUUUUGACCCUCCCUGCCCCCCUCGCCGUUACCCACCGCUCGCCAUUCGCUCCUCCCCGCCCGUGCCCUCCCCUCGUUUACCUUCGCCUCCCCCCUCCCCUCCUCUGCUGCACGCCUCUUCCUUCCCCUCGCUAACCCACUCCACUCCCUGCCCCUCCUCAAUCCGCACCCUGCCCCUCGUUUCUCGCCCCCCUAUGCUUGGUUUCUCCCCCCCUGCCCUUUGCUUUCCCCUCGUUACGCUCCCUUCUCCCCAUCCCUGCUGCCCUCUUACCACCAUCAGCCCCCCCUGCCCGUUGCUGCCCCUCCCCUUGCCCCCUCAACUCCCCUGCCCCCCGUACACCCCACUCCCGUCCAACCGCCCCCACCCUCCCCCGGCUGCCCGUUUCCGCUCUCCACCCCCGCGACCGUGUGCGGCUUCCAACCGCCCAACGGUGUCACACCCCCUGCCCCCUCAUGCCAUCCGCUCCCCCCGCCCCUACCCUCCGCGUGCCCGCUCCCUCGCCGCCUCUUUUGACCCUCCCUGCCCCCCUCGCCGUUACCCACCGCUCGCCAUUCGCUCCUCCCCGCCCGUGCCCUCCCCUCGUUUACCUUCGCCUCCCCCCUCCCCUCCUCUGCUGCACGCCUCUUCCUUCCCCUCGCUAACCCACUCCACUCCCUGCCCCUCCUCAAUCCGCACCCUGCCCCUCGUUUCUCGCCCCCCUACGCUUGGUUUCUCCCCUCCCUGCCCCUCGCCGCCUUUCUCCGCUCCCCACCUCCCCCCUCUCCCUGCCCCCCCACUCUCCUCCACUUGCCCUUGGCUUCCCACCUCCCUGCCCCACCUUUCCCCCCUCCGUGUGCUCAGCUUCUCCCCUCCCUGCCUCUCCCUCCUCCCCGCCCUGCCCCUCAUUUUCCGCCCCCCCACGCCCGGUUUCUCCCCUCCCUGCACCUCCCUUUCUUUCUCCGUGCCUCUCCUUUGCUCCCUCCCUGCCCCCGCCUGCCCAUGCCCCUGUCUUUGGUUUCUCCCCUCCCUGCCCCACGUUUCUUCCCUCCCUGAGAUCACCUUGUACCCCCUCUGCCCCUCCCUUGUUCUCCCCGCACCCAUUGCUUCUCCCCUCCCUGCCCUUGAUUUCCCGCACCCCUGCCCUUGUUUCCUACCAUCCAUGCCCCUCGUUUCCCCUCUUUGUACGUUCACCCUCUUCCCUCCCUGCCCCUCCCUUCCUCCCCCCCUGCCCUUUGCUUUCCCCUCCCCCUGCCCGUUGCUGCCCCUCCCCUUGCCCCCUCAACUCCCCUGCCCCCCGUACACCCCACUCCCGUCCAACCGCCCCCACCCUCCCCCGGCUGCCCGUUUCCGCUCUCCACCCCCGCGACCGUGUGCGGCUUCCAACCGCCCAACGGUGUCACACCCCCUGCCCCCUCAUGCCAUCCGCUCCCCCCGCCCCUACCCUCCGCGUGCCCGCUCCCUCGCCGCCUCUUUUGACCCUCCCUGCCCCCCUCGCCGUUACCCACCGCUCGCCAUUCGCUCCUCCCCGCCCGUGCCCUCCCCUCGUUUACCUUCGCCUCCCCCCUCCCCUCCUCUGCUGCACGCCUCUUCCUUCCCCUCGCUAACCCACUCCACUCCCUGCCCCUCCUCAAUCCGCACCCUGCCCCUCGUUUCUCGCCCCCCUAUGCUUGGUUUCUCCCCCCCUGCCCUUUGCUUUCCCCUCGUUACGCUCCCUUCUCCCCAUCCCUGCUGCCCUCUUACCACCAUCAGCCCGUCCCCACCACCAGCCCCCCUCCCACCCUUCUCCCCCCCCCCCUCUCCCUCUCUCUCUCUCUCUCUCUAUCUCUCUCACUCUCUCUCUCUCUCUCUCUCUUUCUCUCGCACACACACACACACACACACACUCCCCUCCCCCACCCCCCACCCACAUCCUCCCGUUCUGCCCCUCCCUGCCCCUGUUCCACCCCCUCGCACGCCCCUCACCUCUCACCUCCGUUCAACUGGAUUCCCCCCCUCUGGUGCAUCCCUUGCAUCGCUCGCCCCUCUGCUCACCCUCUGCCCGCCCCUUUUCCUUGCCCUCAGCUGGCCCAGCCCCUGCCCGUUGCUGCCCCUCCCCUUGCCCCCUCAACUCCCCUGCCCCCCGUACACCCCACUCCCGUCCAACCGCCCCCACCCUCCCCCGGCUGCCCGUUUCCGCUCUCCACCCCCGCGACCGUGUGCGGCUUCCAACCGCCCAACGGUGUCACACCCCCUGCCCCCUCAUGCCAUCCGCUCCCCCCGCCCCUACCCUCCGCGUGCCCGCUCCCUCGCCGCCUCUUUUGACCCUCCCUGCCCCCCUCGCCGUUACCCACCGCUCGCCAUUCGCUCCUCCCCGCCCGUGCCCUCCCCUCGUUUACCUUCGCCUCCCCCCUCCCCUCCUCUGCUGCACGCCUCUUCCUUCCCCUCGCUAACCCACUCCACUCCCUGCCCCUCCUCAAUCCGCACCCUGCCCCUCGUUUCUCGCCCCCCUACGCUUGGUUUCUCCCCUCCCUGCCCCUCGCCGCCUUUCUCCGCUCCCCACCUCCCCCCUCUCCCUGCCCCCCCACUCUCCUCCACUUGCCCUUGGCUUCCCACCUCCCUGCCCCACCUUUCCCCCCUCCGUGUGCUCAGCUUCUCCCCUCCCUGCCUCUCCCUCCUCCCCGCCCUGCCCCUCAUUUUCCGCCCCCCCACGCCCGGUUUCUCCCCUCCCUGCACCUCCCUUUCUUUCUCCGUGCCUCUCCUUUGCUCCCUCCCUGCCCCCGCCUGCCCAUGCCCCUGUCUUUGGUUUCUCCCCUCCCUGCCCCACGUUUCUUCCCUCCCUGAGAUCACCUUGUACCCCCUCUGCCCCUCCCUUGUUCUCCCCGCACCCAUUGCUUCUCCCCUCCCUGCCCUUGAUUUCCCGCACCCCUGCCCUUGUUUCCUACCAUCCAUGCCCCUCGUUUCCCCUCUUUGUACGUUCACCCUCUUCCCUCCCUGCCCCUCCCUUCCUCCCCCCCUGCCCUUUGCUUUCCCCUCCCCCUGCCCGUUGCUGCCCCUCCCCUUGCCCCCUCAACUCCCCUGCCCCCCGUACACCCCACUCCCGUCCAACCGCCCCCACCCUCCCCCGGCUGCCCGUUUCCGCUCUCCACCCCCGCGACCGUGUGCGGCUUCCAACCGCCCAACGGUGUCACACCCCCUGCCCCCUCAUGCCAUCCGCUCCCCCCGCCCCUACCCUCCGCGUGCCCGCUCCCUCGCCGCCUCUUUUGACCCUCCCUGCCCCCCUCGCCGUUACCCACCGCUCGCCAUUCGCUCCUCCCCGCCCGUGCCCUCCCCUCGUUUACCUUCGCCUCCCCCCUCCCCUCCUCUGCUGCACGCCUCUUCCUUCCCCUCGCUAACCCACUCCACUCCCUGCCCCUCCUCAAUCCGCACCCUGCCCCUCGUUUCUCGCCCCCCUACGCUUGGUUUCUCCCCUCCCUGCCCCUCGCCGCCUUUCUCCGCUCCCCACCUCCCCCCUCUCCCUGCCCCCCCACUCUCCUCCACUUGCCCUUGGCUUCCCACCUCCCUGCCCCACCUUUCCCCCCUCCGUGUGCUCAGCUUCUCCCCUCCCUGCCUCUCCCUCCUCCCCGCCCUGCCCCUCAUUUUCCGCCCCCCCACGCCCGGUUUCUCCCCUCCCUGCACCUCCCUUUCUUUCUCCGUGCCUCUCCUUUGCUCCCUCCCUGCCCCCGCCUGCCCAUGCCCCUGUCUUUGGUUUCUCCCCUCCCUGCCCCACGUUUCUUCCCUCCCUGAGAUCACCUUGUACCCCCUCUGCCCCUCCCUUGUUCUCCCCGCACCCAUUGCUUCUCCCCUCCCUGCCCUUGAUUUCCCGCACCCCUGCCCUUGUUUCCUACCAUCCAUGCCCCUCGUUUCCCCUCUUUGUACGUUCACCCUCUUCCCUCCCUGCCCCUCCCUUCCUCCCCCCCUGCCCUUUGCUUUCCCCUCCCCCUGCCCGUUGCUGCCCCUCCCCUUGCCCCCUCAACUCCCCUGCCCCCCGUACACCCCACUCCCGUCCAACCGCCCCCACCCUCCCCCGGCUGCCCGUUUCCGCUCUCCACCCCCGCGACCGUGUGCGGCUUCCAACCGCCCAACGGUGUCACACCCCCUGCCCCCUCAUGCCAUCCGCUCCCCCCGCCCCUACCCUCCGCGUGCCCGCUCCCUCGCCGCCUCUUUUGACCCUCCCUGCCCCCCUCGCCGUUACCCACCGCUCGCCAUUCGCUCCUCCCCGCCCGUGCCCUCCCCUCGUUUACCUUCGCCUCCCCCCUCCCCUCCUCUGCUGCACGCCUCUUCCUUCCCCUCGCUAACCCACUCCACUCCCUGCCCCUCCUCAAUCCGCACCCUGCCCCUCGUUUCUCGCCCCCCUAUGCUUGGUUUCUCCCCCCCUGCCCUUUGCUUUCCCCUCGUUACGCUCCCUUCUCCCCAUCCCUGCUGCCCUCUUACCACCAUCAGCCCCCCCUGCCCGUUGCUGCCCCUCCCCUUGCCCCCUCAACUCCCCUGCCCCCCGUACACCCCACUCCCGUCCAACCGCCCCCACCCUCCCCCGGCUGCCCGUUUCCGCUCUCCACCCCCGCGACCGUGUGCGGCUUCCAACCGCCCAACGGUGUCACACCCCCUGCCCCCUCAUGCCAUCCGCUCCCCCCGCCCCUACCCUCCGCGUGCCCGCUCCCUCGCCGCCUCUUUUGACCCUCCCUGCCCCCCUCGCCGUUACCCACCGCUCGCCAUUCGCUCCUCCCCGCCCGUGCCCUCCCCUCGUUUACCUUCGCCUCCCCCCUCCCCUCCUCUGCUGCACGCCUCUUCCUUCCCCUCGCUAACCCACUCCACUCCCUGCCCCUCCUCAAUCCGCACCCUGCCCCUCGUUUCUCGCCCCCCUACGCUUGGUUUCUCCCCUCCCUGCCCCUCGCCGCCUUUCUCCGCUCCCCACCUCCCCCCUCUCCCUGCCCCCCCACUCUCCUCCACUUGCCCUUGGCUUCCCACCUCCCUGCCCCACCUUUCCCCCCUCCGUGUGCUCAGCUUCUCCCCUCCCUGCCUCUCCCUCCUCCCCGCCCUGCCCCUCAUUUUCCGCCCCCCCACGCCCGGUUUCUCCCCUCCCUGCACCUCCCUUUCUUUCUCCGUGCCUCUCCUUUGCUCCCUCCCUGCCCCCGCCUGCCCAUGCCCCUGUCUUUGGUUUCUCCCCUCCCUGCCCCACGUUUCUUCCCUCCCUGAGAUCACCUUGUACCCCCUCUGCCCCUCCCUUGUUCUCCCCGCACCCAUUGCUUCUCCCCUCCCUGCCCUUGAUUUCCCGCACCCCUGCCCUUGUUUCCUACCAUCCAUGCCCCUCGUUUCCCCUCUUUGUACGUUCACCCUCUUCCCUCCCUGCCCCUCCCUUCCUCCCCCCCUGCCCUUUGCUUUCCCCUCCCCCUGCCCGUUGCUGCCCCUCCCCUUGCCCCCUCAACUCCCCUGCCCCCCGUACACCCCACUCCCGUCCAACCGCCCCCACCCUCCCCCGGCUGCCCGUUUCCGCUCUCCACCCCCGCGACCGUGUGCGGCUUCCAACCGCCCAACGGUGUCACACCCCCUGCCCCCUCAUGCCAUCCGCUCCCCCCGCCCCUACCCUCCGCGUGCCCGCUCCCUCGCCGCCUCUUUUGACCCUCCCUGCCCCCCUCGCCGUUACCCACCGCUCGCCAUUCGCUCCUCCCCGCCCGUGCCCUCCCCUCGUUUACCUUCGCCUCCCCCCUCCCCUCCUCUGCUGCACGCCUCUUCCUUCCCCUCGCUAACCCACUCCACUCCCUGCCCCUCCUCAAUCCGCACCCUGCCCCUCGUUUCUCGCCCCCCUACGCUUGGUUUCUCCCCUCCCUGCCCCUCGCCGCCUUUCUCCGCUCCCCACCUCCCCCCUCUCCCUGCCCCCCCACUCUCCUCCACUUGCCCUUGGCUUCCCACCUCCCUGCCCCACCUUUCCCCCCUCCGUGUGCUCAGCUUCUCCCCUCCCUGCCUCUCCCUCCUCCCCGCCCUGCCCCUCAUUUUCCGCCCCCCCACGCCCGGUUUCUCCCCUCCCUGCACCUCCCUUUCUUUCUCCGUGCCUCUCCUUUGCUCCCUCCCUGCCCCCGCCUGCCCAUGCCCCUGUCUUUGGUUUCUCCCCUCCCUGCCCCACGUUUCUUCCCUCCCUGAGAUCACCUUGUACCCCCUCUGCCCCUCCCUUGUUCUCCCCGCACCCAUUGCUUCUCCCCUCCCUGCCCUUGAUUUCCCGCACCCCUGCCCUUGUUUCCUACCAUCCAUGCCCCUCGUUUCCCCUCUUUGUACGUUCACCCUCUUCCCUCCCUGCCCCUCCCUUCCUCCCCCCCUGCCCUUUGCUUUCCCCUCCCCCUGCCCGUUGCUGCCCCUCCCCUUGCCCCCUCAACUCCCCUGCCCCCCGUACACCCCACUCCCGUCCAACCGCCCCCACCCUCCCCCGGCUGCCCGUUUCCGCUCUCCACCCCCGCGACCGUGUGCGGCUUCCAACCGCCCAACGGUGUCACACCCCCUGCCCCCUCAUGCCAUCCGCUCCCCCCGCCCCUACCCUCCGCGUGCCCGCUCCCUCGCCGCCUCUUUUGACCCUCCCUGCCCCCCUCGCCGUUACCCACCGCUCGCCAUUCGCUCCUCCCCGCCCGUGCCCUCCCCUCGUUUACCUUCGCCUCCCCCCUCCCCUCCUCUGCUGCACGCCUCUUCCUUCCCCUCGCUAACCCACUCCACUCCCUGCCCCUCCUCAAUCCGCACCCUGCCCCUCGUUUCUCGCCCCCCUAUGCUUGGUUUCUCCCCCCCUGCCCUUUGCUUUCCCCUCGUUACGCUCCCUUCUCCCCAUCCCUGCUGCCCUCUUACCACCAUCAGCCCCCCCUGCCCGUUGCUGCCCCUCCCCUUGCCCCCUCAACUCCCCUGCCCCCCGUACACCCCACUCCCGUCCAACCGCCCCCACCCUCCCCCGGCUGCCCGUUUCCGCUCUCCACCCCCGCGACCGUGUGCGGCUUCCAACCGCCCAACGGUGUCACACCCCCUGCCCCCUCAUGCCAUCCGCUCCCCCCGCCCCUACCCUCCGCGUGCCCGCUCCCUCGCCGCCUCUUUUGACCCUCCCUGCCCCCCUCGCCGUUACCCACCGCUCGCCAUUCGCUCCUCCCCGCCCGUGCCCUCCCCUCGUUUACCUUCGCCUCCCCCCUCCCCUCCUCUGCUGCACGCCUCUUCCUUCCCCUCGCUAACCCACUCCACUCCCUGCCCCUCCUCAAUCCGCACCCUGCCCCUCGUUUCUCGCCCCCCUACGCUUGGUUUCUCCCCUCCCUGCCCCUCGCCGCCUUUCUCCGCUCCCCACCUCCCCCCUCUCCCUGCCCCCCCACUCUCCUCCACUUGCCCUUGGCUUCCCACCUCCCUGCCCCACCUUUCCCCCCUCCGUGUGCUCAGCUUCUCCCCUCCCUGCCUCUCCCUCCUCCCCGCCCUGCCCCUCAUUUUCCGCCCCCCCACGCCCGGUUUCUCCCCUCCCUGCACCUCCCUUUCUUUCUCCGUGCCUCUCCUUUGCUCCCUCCCUGCCCCCGCCUGCCCAUGCCCCUGUCUUUGGUUUCUCCCCUCCCUGCCCCACGUUUCUUCCCUCCCUGAGAUCACCUUGUACCCCCUCUGCCCCUCCCUUGUUCUCCCCGCACCCAUUGCUUCUCCCCUCCCUGCCCUUGAUUUCCCGCACCCCUGCCCUUGUUUCCUACCAUCCAUGCCCCUCGUUUCCCCUCUUUGUACGUUCACCCUCUUCCCUCCCUGCCCCUCCCUUCCUCCCCCCCUGCCCUUUGCUUUCCCCUCCCCCUGCCCGUUGCUGCCCCUCCCCUUGCCCCCUCAACUCCCCUGCCCCCCGUACACCCCACUCCCGUCCAACCGCCCCCACCCUCCCCCGGCUGCCCGUUUCCGCUCUCCACCCCCGCGACCGUGUGCGGCUUCCAACCGCCCAACGGUGUCACACCCCCUGCCCCCUCAUGCCAUCCGCUCCCCCCGCCCCUACCCUCCGCGUGCCCGCUCCCUCGCCGCCUCUUUUGACCCUCCCUGCCCCCCUCGCCGUUACCCACCGCUCGCCAUUCGCUCCUCCCCGCCCGUGCCCUCCCCUCGUUUACCUUCGCCUCCCCCCUCCCCUCCUCUGCUGCACGCCUCUUCCUUCCCCUCGCUAACCCACUCCACUCCCUGCCCCUCCUCAAUCCGCACCCUGCCCCUCGUUUCUCGCCCCCCUAUGCUUGGUUUCUCCCCCCCUGCCCUUUGCUUUCCCCUCGUUACGCUCCCUUCUCCCCAUCCCUGCUGCCCUCUUACCACCAUCAGCCCCCCCUGCCCGUUGCUGCCCCUCCCCUUGCCCCCUCAACUCCCCUGCCCCCCGUACACCCCACUCCCGUCCAACCGCCCCCACCCUCCCCCGGCUGCCCGUUUCCGCUCUCCACCCCCGCGACCGUGUGCGGCUUCCAACCGCCCAACGGUGUCACACCCCCUGCCCCCUCAUGCCAUCCGCUCCCCCCGCCCCUACCCUCCGCGUGCCCGCUCCCUCGCCGCCUCUUUUGACCCUCCCUGCCCCCCUCGCCGUUACCCACCGCUCGCCAUUCGCUCCUCCCCGCCCGUGCCCUCCCCUCGUUUACCUUCGCCUCCCCCCUCCCCUCCUCUGCUGCACGCCUCUUCCUUCCCCUCGCUAACCCACUCCACUCCCUGCCCCUCCUCAAUCCGCACCCUGCCCCUCGUUUCUCGCCCCCCUACGCUUGGUUUCUCCCCUCCCUGCCCCUCGCCGCCUUUCUCCGCUCCCCACCUCCCCCCUCUCCCUGCCCCCCCACUCUCCUCCACUUGCCCUUGGCUUCCCACCUCCCUGCCCCACCUUUCCCCCCUCCGUGUGCUCAGCUUCUCCCCUCCCUGCCUCUCCCUCCUCCCCGCCCUGCCCCUCAUUUUCCGCCCCCCCACGCCCGGUUUCUCCCCUCCCUGCACCUCCCUUUCUUUCUCCGUGCCUCUCCUUUGCUCCCUCCCUGCCCCCGCCUGCCCAUGCCCCUGUCUUUGGUUUCUCCCCUCCCUGCCCCACGUUUCUUCCCUCCCUGAGAUCACCUUGUACCCCCUCUGCCCCUCCCUUGUUCUCCCCGCACCCAUUGCUUCUCCCCUCCCUGCCCUUGAUUUCCCGCACCCCUGCCCUUGUUUCCUACCAUCCAUGCCCCUCGUUUCCCCUCUUUGUACGUUCACCCUCUUCCCUCCCUGCCCCUCCCUUCCUCCCCCCCUGCCCUUUGCUUUCCCCUCCCCCUGCCCGUUGCUGCCCCUCCCCUUGCCCCCUCAACUCCCCUGCCCCCCGUACACCCCACUCCCGUCCAACCGCCCCCACCCUCCCCCGGCUGCCCGUUUCCGCUCUCCACCCCCGCGACCGUGUGCGGCUUCCAACCGCCCAACGGUGUCACACCCCCUGCCCCCUCAUGCCAUCCGCUCCCCCCGCCCCUACCCUCCGCGUGCCCGCUCCCUCGCCGCCUCUUUUGACCCUCCCUGCCCCCCUCGCCGUUACCCACCGCUCGCCAUUCGCUCCUCCCCGCCCGUGCCCUCCCCUCGUUUACCUUCGCCUCCCCCCUCCCCUCCUCUGCUGCACGCCUCUUCCUUCCCCUCGCUAACCCACUCCACUCCCUGCCCCUCCUCAAUCCGCACCCUGCCCCUCGUUUCUCGCCCCCCUACGCUUGGUUUCUCCCCUCCCUGCCCCUCGCCGCCUUUCUCCGCUCCCCACCUCCCCCCUCUCCCUGCCCCCCCACUCUCCUCCACUUGCCCUUGGCUUCCCACCUCCCUGCCCCACCUUUCCCCCCUCCGUGUGCUCAGCUUCUCCCCUCCCUGCCUCUCCCUCCUCCCCGCCCUGCCCCUCAUUUUCCGCCCCCCCACGCCCGGUUUCUCCCCUCCCUGCACCUCCCUUUCUUUCUCCGUGCCUCUCCUUUGCUCCCUCCCUGCCCCCGCCUGCCCAUGCCCCUGUCUUUGGUUUCUCCCCUCCCUGCCCCACGUUUCUUCCCUCCCUGAGAUCACCUUGUACCCCCUCUGCCCCUCCCUUGUUCUCCCCGCACCCAUUGCUUCUCCCCUCCCUGCCCUUGAUUUCCCGCACCCCUGCCCUUGUUUCCUACCAUCCAUGCCCCUCGUUUCCCCUCUUUGUACGUUCACCCUCUUCCCUCCCUGCCCCUCCCUUCCUCCCCCCCUGCCCUUUGCUUUCCCCUCGUUACGCUCCCUUCUCCCCAUCCCUGCUGCCCUCUUACCACCAUCAGCCCGUCCCCACCACCAGCCCCCCUCCCACCCUUCUCCCCCCCCCCCCUCUCCCUCUCUCUCUCUCUCUCUCUCUCUUUCUCUCGCACACACACACACACACACACUCCCCUCCCCCACCCCCCACCCACAUCCUCCCGUUCUGCCCCUCCCUGCCCCUGUUCCACCCCCUCGCACGCCCCUCACCUCUCACCUCCGUUCAACUGGAUUCCCCCCCUCUGGUGCAUCCCUUGCAUCGCUCGCCCCUCUGCUCACCCUCUGCCCGCCCCUUUUCCUUGCCCUCAGCUGGCCCAGCCCCUGCCCGUUGCUGCCCCUCCCCUUGCCCCCUCAACUCCCCUGCCCCCCGUACACCCCACUCCCGUCCAACCGCCCCCACCCUCCCCCGGCUGCCCGUUUCCGCUCUCCACCCCCGCGACCGUGUGCGGCUUCCAACCGCCCAACGGUGUCACACCCCCUGCCCCCUCAUGCCAUCCGCUCCCCCCGCCCCUACCCUCCGCGUGCCCGCUCCCUCGCCGCCUCUUUUGACCCUCCCUGCCCCCCUCGCCGUUACCCACCGCUCGCCAUUCGCUCCUCCCCGCCCGUGCCCUCCCCUCGUUUACCUUCGCCUCCCCCCUCCCCUCCUCUGCUGCACGCCUCUUCCUUCCCCUCGCUAACCCACUCCACUCCCUGCCCCUCCUCAAUCCGCACCCUGCCCCUCGUUUCUCGCCCCCCUAUGCUUGGUUUCUCCCCCCCUGCCCUUUGCUUUCCCCUCGUUACGCUCCCUUCUCCCCAUCCCUGCUGCCCUCUUACCACCAUCAGCCCCCCCUGCCCGUUGCUGCCCCUCCCCUUGCCCCCUCAACUCCCCUGCCCCCCGUACACCCCACUCCCGUCCAACCGCCCCCACCCUCCCCCGGCUGCCCGUUUCCGCUCUCCACCCCCGCGACCGUGUGCGGCUUCCAACCGCCCAACGGUGUCACACCCCCUGCCCCCUCAUGCCAUCCGCUCCCCCCGCCCCUACCCUCCGCGUGCCCGCUCCCUCGCCGCCUCUUUUGACCCUCCCUGCCCCCCUCGCCGUUACCCACCGCUCGCCAUUCGCUCCUCCCCGCCCGUGCCCUCCCCUCGUUUACCUUCGCCUCCCCCCUCCCCUCCUCUGCUGCACGCCUCUUCCUUCCCCUCGCUAACCCACUCCACUCCCUGCCCCUCCUCAAUCCGCACCCUGCCCCUCGUUUCUCGCCCCCCUACGCUUGGUUUCUCCCCUCCCUGCCCCUCGCCGCCUUUCUCCGCUCCCCACCUCCCCCCUCUCCCUGCCCCCCCACUCUCCUCCACUUGCCCUUGGCUUCCCACCUCCCUGCCCCACCUUUCCCCCCUCCGUGUGCUCAGCUUCUCCCCUCCCUGCCUCUCCCUCCUCCCCGCCCUGCCCCUCAUUUUCCGCCCCCCCACGCCCGGUUUCUCCCCUCCCUGCACCUCCCUUUCUUUCUCCGUGCCUCUCCUUUGCUCCCUCCCUGCCCCCGCCUGCCCAUGCCCCUGUCUUUGGUUUCUCCCCUCCCUGCCCCACGUUUCUUCCCUCCCUGAGAUCACCUUGUACCCCCUCUGCCCCUCCCUUGUUCUCCCCGCACCCAUUGCUUCUCCCCUCCCUGCCCUUGAUUUCCCGCACCCCUGCCCUUGUUUCCUACCAUCCAUGCCCCUCGUUUCCCCUCUUUGUACGUUCACCCUCUUCCCUCCCUGCCCCUCCCUUCCUCCCCCCCUGCCCUUUGCUUUCCCCUCGUUACGCUCCCUUCUCCCCAUCCCUGCUGCCCUCUUACCACCAUCAGCCCGUCCCCACCACCAGCCCCCCUCCCACCCUUCUCCCCCCCCCCCCUCUCCCUCUCUCUCUCUCUCUCUCUCUCUUUCUCUCGCACACACACACACACACACACUCCCCUCCCCCACCCCCCACCCACAUCCUCCCGUUCUGCCCCUCCCUGCCCCUGUUCCACCCCCUCGCACGCCCCUCACCUCUCACCUCCGUUCAACUGGAUUCCCCCCCUCUGGUGCAUCCCUUGCAUCGCUCGCCCCUCUGCUCACCCUCUGCCCGCCCCUUUUCCUUGCCCUCAGCUGGCCCAGCCCCUGCCCGUUGCUGCCCCUCCCCUUGCCCCCUCAACUCCCCUGCCCCCCGUACACCCCACUCCCGUCCAACCGCCCCCACCCUCCCCCGGCUGCCCGUUUCCGCUCUCCACCCCCGCGACCGUGUGCGGCUUCCAACCGCCCAACGGUGUCACACCCCCUGCCCCCUCAUGCCAUCCGCUCCCCCCGCCCCUACCCUCCGCGUGCCCGCUCCCUCGCCGCCUCUUUUGACCCUCCCUGCCCCCCUCGCCGUUACCCACCGCUCGCCAUUCGCUCCUCCCCGCCCGUGCCCUCCCCUCGUUUACCUUCGCCUCCCCCCUCCCCUCCUCUGCUGCACGCCUCUUCCUUCCCCUCGCUAACCCACUCCACUCCCUGCCCCUCCUCAAUCCGCACCCUGCCCCUCGUUUCUCGCCCCCCUACGCUUGGUUUCUCCCCUCCCUGCCCCUCGCCGCCUUUCUCCGCUCCCCACCUCCCCCCUCUCCCUGCCCCCCCACUCUCCUCCACUUGCCCUUGGCUUCCCACCUCCCUGCCCCACCUUUCCCCCCUCCGUGUGCUCAGCUUCUCCCCUCCCUGCCUCUCCCUCCUCCCCGCCCUGCCCCUCAUUUUCCGCCCCCCCACGCCCGGUUUCUCCCCUCCCUGCACCUCCCUUUCUUUCUCCGUGCCUCUCCUUUGCUCCCUCCCUGCCCCCGCCUGCCCAUGCCCCUGUCUUUGGUUUCUCCCCUCCCUGCCCCACGUUUCUUCCCUCCCUGAGAUCACCUUGUACCCCCUCUGCCCCUCCCUUGUUCUCCCCGCACCCAUUGCUUCUCCCCUCCCUGCCCUUGAUUUCCCGCACCCCUGCCCUUGUUUCCUACCAUCCAUGCCCCUCGUUUCCCCUCUUUGUACGUUCACCCUCUUCCCUCCCUGCCCCUCCCUUCCUCCCCCCCUGCCCUUUGCUUUCCCCUCCCCCUGCCCGUUGCUGCCCCUCCCCUUGCCCCCUCAACUCCCCUGCCCCCCGUACACCCCACUCCCGUCCAACCGCCCCCACCCUCCCCCGGCUGCCCGUUUCCGCUCUCCACCCCCGCGACCGUGUGCGGCUUCCAACCGCCCAACGGUGUCACACCCCCUGCCCCCUCAUGCCAUCCGCUCCCCCCGCCCCUACCCUCCGCGUGCCCGCUCCCUCGCCGCCUCUUUUGACCCUCCCUGCCCCCCUCGCCGUUACCCACCGCUCGCCAUUCGCUCCUCCCCGCCCGUGCCCUCCCCUCGUUUACCUUCGCCUCCCCCCUCCCCUCCUCUGCUGCACGCCUCUUCCUUCCCCUCGCUAACCCACUCCACUCCCUGCCCCUCCUCAAUCCGCACCCUGCCCCUCGUUUCUCGCCCCCCUACGCUUGGUUUCUCCCCUCCCUGCCCCUCGCCGCCUUUCUCCGCUCCCCACCUCCCCCCUCUCCCUGCCCCCCCACUCUCCUCCACUUGCCCUUGGCUUCCCACCUCCCUGCCCCACCUUUCCCCCCUCCGUGUGCUCAGCUUCUCCCCUCCCUGCCUCUCCCUCCUCCCCGCCCUGCCCCUCAUUUUCCGCCCCCCCACGCCCGGUUUCUCCCCUCCCUGCACCUCCCUUUCUUUCUCCGUGCCUCUCCUUUGCUCCCUCCCUGCCCCCGCCUGCCCAUGCCCCUGUCUUUGGUUUCUCCCCUCCCUGCCCCACGUUUCUUCCCUCCCUGAGAUCACCUUGUACCCCCUCUGCCCCUCCCUUGUUCUCCCCGCACCCAUUGCUUCUCCCCUCCCUGCCCUUGAUUUCCCGCACCCCUGCCCUUGUUUCCUACCAUCCAUGCCCCUCGUUUCCCCUCUUUGUACGUUCACCCUCUUCCCUCCCUGCCCCUCCCUUCCUCCCCCCCUGCCCUUUGCUUUCCCCUCCCCCUGCCCGUUGCUGCCCCUCCCCUUGCCCCCUCAACUCCCCUGCCCCCCGUACACCCCACUCCCGUCCAACCGCCCCCACCCUCCCCCGGCUGCCCGUUUCCGCUCUCCACCCCCGCGACCGUGUGCGGCUUCCAACCGCCCAACGGUGUCACACCCCCUGCCCCCUCAUGCCAUCCGCUCCCCCCGCCCCUACCCUCCGCGUGCCCGCUCCCUCGCCGCCUCUUUUGACCCUCCCUGCCCCCCUCGCCGUUACCCACCGCUCGCCAUUCGCUCCUCCCCGCCCGUGCCCUCCCCUCGUUUACCUUCGCCUCCCCCCUCCCCUCCUCUGCUGCACGCCUCUUCCUUCCCCUCGCUAACCCACUCCACUCCCUGCCCCUCCUCAAUCCGCACCCUGCCCCUCGUUUCUCGCCCCCCUACGCUUGGUUUCUCCCCUCCCUGCCCCUCGCCGCCUUUCUCCGCUCCCCACCUCCCCCCUCUCCCUGCCCCCCCACUCUCCUCCACUUGCCCUUGGCUUCCCACCUCCCUGCCCCACCUUUCCCCCCUCCGUGUGCUCAGCUUCUCCCCUCCCUGCCUCUCCCUCCUCCCCGCCCUGCCCCUCAUUUUCCGCCCCCCCACGCCCGGUUUCUCCCCUCCCUGCACCUCCCUUUCUUUCUCCGUGCCUCUCCUUUGCUCCCUCCCUGCCCCCGCCUGCCCAUGCCCCUGUCUUUGGUUUCUCCCCUCCCUGCCCCACGUUUCUUCCCUCCCUGAGAUCACCUUGUACCCCCUCUGCCCCUCCCUUGUUCUCCCCGCACCCAUUGCUUCUCCCCUCCCUGCCCUUGAUUUCCCGCACCCCUGCCCUUGUUUCCUACCAUCCAUGCCCCUCGUUUCCCCUCUUUGUACGUUCACCCUCUUCCCUCCCUGCCCCUCCCUUCCUCCCCCCCUGCCCUUUGCUUUCCCCUCCCCCUGCCCGUUGCUGCCCCUCCCCUUGCCCCCUCAACUCCCCUGCCCCCCGUACACCCCACUCCCGUCCAACCGCCCCCACCCUCCCCCGGCUGCCCGUUUCCGCUCUCCACCCCCGCGACCGUGUGCGGCUUCCAACCGCCCAACGGUGUCACACCCCCUGCCCCCUCAUGCCAUCCGCUCCCCCCGCCCCUACCCUCCGCGUGCCCGCUCCCUCGCCGCCUCUUUUGACCCUCCCUGCCCCCCUCGCCGUUACCCACCGCUCGCCAUUCGCUCCUCCCCGCCCGUGCCCUCCCCUCGUUUACCUUCGCCUCCCCCCUCCCCUCCUCUGCUGCACGCCUCUUCCUUCCCCUCGCUAACCCACUCCACUCCCUGCCCCUCCUCAAUCCGCACCCUGCCCCUCGUUUCUCGCCCCCCUACGCUUGGUUUCUCCCCUCCCUGCCCCUCGCCGCCUUUCUCCGCUCCCCACCUCCCCCCUCUCCCUGCCCCCCCACUCUCCUCCACUUGCCCUUGGCUUCCCACCUCCCUGCCCCACCUUUCCCCCCUCCGUGUGCUCAGCUUCUCCCCUCCCUGCCUCUCCCUCCUCCCCGCCCUGCCCCUCAUUUUCCGCCCCCCCACGCCCGGUUUCUCCCCUCCCUGCACCUCCCUUUCUUUCUCCGUGCCUCUCCUUUGCUCCCUCCCUGCCCCCGCCUGCCCAUGCCCCUGUCUUUGGUUUCUCCCCUCCCUGCCCCACGUUUCUUCCCUCCCUGAGAUCACCUUGUACCCCCUCUGCCCCUCCCUUGUUCUCCCCGCACCCAUUGCUUCUCCCCUCCCUGCCCUUGAUUUCCCGCACCCCUGCCCUUGUUUCCUACCAUCCAUGCCCCUCGUUUCCCCUCUUUGUACGUUCACCCUCUUCCCUCCCUGCCCCUCCCUUCCUCCCCCCCUGCCCUUUGCUUUCCCCUCCCCCUGCCCGUUGCUGCCCCUCCCCUUGCCCCCUCAACUCCCCUGCCCCCCGUACACCCCACUCCCGUCCAACCGCCCCCACCCUCCCCCGGCUGCCCGUUUCCGCUCUCCACCCCCGCGACCGUGUGCGGCUUCCAACCGCCCAACGGUGUCACACCCCCUGCCCCCUCAUGCCAUCCGCUCCCCCCGCCCCUACCCUCCGCGUGCCCGCUCCCUCGCCGCCUCUUUUGACCCUCCCUGCCCCCCUCGCCGUUACCCACCGCUCGCCAUUCGCUCCUCCCCGCCCGUGCCCUCCCCUCGUUUACCUUCGCCUCCCCCCUCCCCUCCUCUGCUGCACGCCUCUUCCUUCCCCUCGCUAACCCACUCCACUCCCUGCCCCUCCUCAAUCCGCACCCUGCCCCUCGUUUCUCGCCCCCCUACGCUUGGUUUCUCCCCUCCCUGCCCCUCGCCGCCUUUCUCCGCUCCCCACCUCCCCCCUCUCCCUGCCCCCCCACUCUCCUCCACUUGCCCUUGGCUUCCCACCUCCCUGCCCCACCUUUCCCCCCUCCGUGUGCUCAGCUUCUCCCCUCCCUGCCUCUCCCUCCUCCCCGCCCUGCCCCUCAUUUUCCGCCCCCCCACGCCCGGUUUCUCCCCUCCCUGCACCUCCCUUUCUUUCUCCGUGCCUCUCCUUUGCUCCCUCCCUGCCCCCGCCUGCCCAUGCCCCUGUCUUUGGUUUCUCCCCUCCCUGCCCCACGUUUCUUCCCUCCCUGAGAUCACCUUGUACCCCCUCUGCCCCUCCCUUGUUCUCCCCGCACCCAUUGCUUCUCCCCUCCCUGCCCUUGAUUUCCCGCACCCCUGCCCUUGUUUCCUACCAUCCAUGCCCCUCGUUUCCCCUCUUUGUACGUUCACCCUCUUCCCUCCCUGCCCCUCCCUUCCUCCCCCCCUGCCCUUUGCUUUCCCCUCCCCCUGCCCGUUGCUGCCCCUCCCCUUGCCCCCUCAACUCCCCUGCCCCCCGUACACCCCACUCCCGUCCAACCGCCCCCACCCUCCCCCGGCUGCCCGUUUCCGCUCUCCACCCCCGCGACCGUGUGCGGCUUCCAACCGCCCAACGGUGUCACACCCCCUGCCCCCUCAUGCCAUCCGCUCCCCCCGCCCCUACCCUCCGCGUGCCCGCUCCCUCGCCGCCUCUUUUGACCCUCCCUGCCCCCCUCGCCGUUACCCACCGCUCGCCAUUCGCUCCUCCCCGCCCGUGCCCUCCCCUCGUUUACCUUCGCCUCCCCCCUCCCCUCCUCUGCUGCACGCCUCUUCCUUCCCCUCGCUAACCCACUCCACUCCCUGCCCCUCCUCAAUCCGCACCCUGCCCCUCGUUUCUCGCCCCCCUAUGCUUGGUUUCUCCCCCCCUGCCCUUUGCUUUCCCCUCGUUACGCUCCCUUCUCCCCAUCCCUGCUGCCCUCUUACCACCAUCAGCCCCCCCUGCCCGUUGCUGCCCCUCCCCUUGCCCCCUCAACUCCCCUGCCCCCCGUACACCCCACUCCCGUCCAACCGCCCCCACCCUCCCCCGGCUGCCCGUUUCCGCUCUCCACCCCCGCGACCGUGUGCGGCUUCCAACCGCCCAACGGUGUCACACCCCCUGCCCCCUCAUGCCAUCCGCUCCCCCCGCCCCUACCCUCCGCGUGCCCGCUCCCUCGCCGCCUCUUUUGACCCUCCCUGCCCCCCUCGCCGUUACCCACCGCUCGCCAUUCGCUCCUCCCCGCCCGUGCCCUCCCCUCGUUUACCUUCGCCUCCCCCCUCCCCUCCUCUGCUGCACGCCUCUUCCUUCCCCUCGCUAACCCACUCCACUCCCUGCCCCUCCUCAAUCCGCACCCUGCCCCUCGUUUCUCGCCCCCCUACGCUUGGUUUCUCCCCUCCCUGCCCCUCGCCGCCUUUCUCCGCUCCCCACCUCCCCCCUCUCCCUGCCCCCCCACUCUCCUCCACUUGCCCUUGGCUUCCCACCUCCCUGCCCCACCUUUCCCCCCUCCGUGUGCUCAGCUUCUCCCCUCCCUGCCUCUCCCUCCUCCCCGCCCUGCCCCUCAUUUUCCGCCCCCCCACGCCCGGUUUCUCCCCUCCCUGCACCUCCCUUUCUUUCUCCGUGCCUCUCCUUUGCUCCCUCCCUGCCCCCGCCUGCCCAUGCCCCUGUCUUUGGUUUCUCCCCUCCCUGCCCCACGUUUCUUCCCUCCCUGAGAUCACCUUGUACCCCCUCUGCCCCUCCCUUGUUCUCCCCGCACCCAUUGCUUCUCCCCUCCCUGCCCUUGAUUUCCCGCACCCCUGCCCUUGUUUCCUACCAUCCAUGCCCCUCGUUUCCCCUCUUUGUACGUUCACCCUCUUCCCUCCCUGCCCCUCCCUUCCUCCCCCCCUGCCCUUUGCUUUCCCCUCCCCCUGCCCGUUGCUGCCCCUCCCCUUGCCCCCUCAACUCCCCUGCCCCCCGUACACCCCACUCCCGUCCAACCGCCCCCACCCUCCCCCGGCUGCCCGUUUCCGCUCUCCACCCCCGCGACCGUGUGCGGCUUCCAACCGCCCAACGGUGUCACACCCCCUGCCCCCUCAUGCCAUCCGCUCCCCCCGCCCCUACCCUCCGCGUGCCCGCUCCCUCGCCGCCUCUUUUGACCCUCCCUGCCCCCCUCGCCGUUACCCACCGCUCGCCAUUCGCUCCUCCCCGCCCGUGCCCUCCCCUCGUUUACCUUCGCCUCCCCCCUCCCCUCCUCUGCUGCACGCCUCUUCCUUCCCCUCGCUAACCCACUCCACUCCCUGCCCCUCCUCAAUCCGCACCCUGCCCCUCGUUUCUCGCCCCCCUACGCUUGGUUUCUCCCCUCCCUGCCCCUCGCCGCCUUUCUCCGCUCCCCACCUCCCCCCUCUCCCUGCCCCCCCACUCUCCUCCACUUGCCCUUGGCUUCCCACCUCCCUGCCCCACCUUUCCCCCCUCCGUGUGCUCAGCUUCUCCCCUCCCUGCCUCUCCCUCCUCCCCGCCCUGCCCCUCAUUUUCCGCCCCCCCACGCCCGGUUUCUCCCCUCCCUGCACCUCCCUUUCUUUCUCCGUGCCUCUCCUUUGCUCCCUCCCUGCCCCCGCCUGCCCAUGCCCCUGUCUUUGGUUUCUCCCCUCCCUGCCCCACGUUUCUUCCCUCCCUGAGAUCACCUUGUACCCCCUCUGCCCCUCCCUUGUUCUCCCCGCACCCAUUGCUUCUCCCCUCCCUGCCCUUGAUUUCCCGCACCCCUGCCCUUGUUUCCUACCAUCCAUGCCCCUCGUUUCCCCUCUUUGUACGUUCACCCUCUUCCCUCCCUGCCCCUCCCUUCCUCCCCCCCUGCCCUUUGCUUUCCCCUCGUUACGCUCCCUUCUCCCCAUCCCUGCUGCCCUCUUACCACCAUCAGCCCGUCCCCACCACCAGCCCCCCUCCCACCCUUCUCCCCCCCCCCCCUCUCCCUCUCUCUCUCUCUCUCUCUCUCUUUCUCUCGCACACACACACACACACACACUCCCCUCCCCCACCCCCCACCCACAUCCUCCCGUUCUGCCCCUCCCUGCCCCUGUUCCACCCCCUCGCACGCCCCUCACCUCUCACCUCCGUUCAACUGGAUUCCCCCCCUCUGGUGCAUCCCUUGCAUCGCUCGCCCCUCUGCUCACCCUCUGCCCGCCCCUUUUCCUUGCCCUCAGCUGGCCCAGCCCCUGCCCGUUGCUGCCCCUCCCCUUGCCCCCUCAACUCCCCUGCCCCCCGUACACCCCACUCCCGUCCAACCGCCCCCACCCUCCCCCGGCUGCCCGUUUCCGCUCUCCACCCCCGCGACCGUGUGCGGCUUCCAACCGCCCAACGGUGUCACACCCCCUGCCCCCUCAUGCCAUCCGCUCCCCCCGCCCCUACCCUCCGCGUGCCCGCUCCCUCGCCGCCUCUUUUGACCCUCCCUGCCCCCCUCGCCGUUACCCACCGCUCGCCAUUCGCUCCUCCCCGCCCGUGCCCUCCCCUCGUUUACCUUCGCCUCCCCCCUCCCCUCCUCUGCUGCACGCCUCUUCCUUCCCCUCGCUAACCCACUCCACUCCCUGCCCCUCCUCAAUCCGCACCCUGCCCCUCGUUUCUCGCCCCCCUAUGCUUGGUUUCUCCCCCCCUGCCCUUUGCUUUCCCCUCGUUACGCUCCCUUCUCCCCAUCCCUGCUGCCCUCUUACCACCAUCAGCCCCCCCUGCCCGUUGCUGCCCCUCCCCUUGCCCCCUCAACUCCCCUGCCCCCCGUACACCCCACUCCCGUCCAACCGCCCCCACCCUCCCCCGGCUGCCCGUUUCCGCUCUCCACCCCCGCGACCGUGUGCGGCUUCCAACCGCCCAACGGUGUCACACCCCCUGCCCCCUCAUGCCAUCCGCUCCCCCCGCCCCUACCCUCCGCGUGCCCGCUCCCUCGCCGCCUCUUUUGACCCUCCCUGCCCCCCUCGCCGUUACCCACCGCUCGCCAUUCGCUCCUCCCCGCCCGUGCCCUCCCCUCGUUUACCUUCGCCUCCCCCCUCCCCUCCUCUGCUGCACGCCUCUUCCUUCCCCUCGCUAACCCACUCCACUCCCUGCCCCUCCUCAAUCCGCACCCUGCCCCUCGUUUCUCGCCCCCCUAUGCUUGGUUUCUCCCCCCCUGCCCUUUGCUUUCCCCUCGUUACGCUCCCUUCUCCCCAUCCCUGCUGCCCUCUUACCACCAUCAGCCC